AUGGCACGCUGUACCAGACCAGAUUGGAAGGCCCAACUACCCUGGAUCCUCCUUGGGAUGCGGAAAUCACCGAAAAAGGGACUGCAUGUCUCCCCAGCCGAGGUGGUCUUUGGAGAAGCUCUUGUUGUUCCAGGAAAAUUCUUUCCAUCACCCAAUACAACCGUUGAUGACAACAACCUCGCCAGACUACGGCACACUGUGGGGAAGUACCGGCCAUGUUUCCAAACACACAAGACAUCACUUUCAAGAUACUUCCCCAUAUCACUCAACGCCUCUAAGUACAUCUUCGUAAGGUACAACGCUUACAAACCACCCCUCACUAGCCCUUACCGGGGACCCUACGCCGUCCUGGAAUGUAACUCCAAGGCAUUUCGUCUCAGUAUAGCCGGAGGCAUCGACUGGGUGUCAAUCGACUGCUUAAAACCAGCCUACCUUGAGGAAGAGGAUUCCAAGCCUACAUCGCCACUUGUUGACGACCCAACUUCUACCUCACACCACCUGGGUGCACGUCCUCCUGCACCAUCUCCUAAAAAUGGACCUCGCCCCACCUCAUCCCGCACUGGACGGCUUAUCUGA